AUGUUUGCUGGAAAGUUAGGACGUUGCUUGAAGGAAUGCUUGGGGCAAAGACCGCCACUUCAGCAAGCUCCAGGUGCGGUCGAUAGCACAUCGAGAAUUGCUUAUGAAUGCGCAGUGCGAGGAGGCCCAUUGCUGGAUAGGAUGGGGGAAUCGCGCGGUCCGAUUCACGCAACGGCAUGCCAUGAAGAGCACGAAGUCAGUCCUUUGUCCGUUAAGGAACCGGCAGCAACGGAUGAUUCGCUGGGUAGCGCUGGAGCAGCGAAUACAGUUGCGAUGCCCGCUAUGCGAAAUAUCGAGACUUAUACGGAUUUUCAGGCGGGCGCGAGACAAAAUCUCGGAGAAAUUUCCAGCAGUGAUCGGAAAGCUGCUGAUGACGAAAUGUGUGAAGGUUCGUUUCAUAUAUAG